AACCAUGUUAAUCCAGAUCACAAGGAUUUUUUUGGUUCAACACCACUCUUAUAUGCAGCAGAGCGUGGGGAUACAACUAUAGUCAAGCUGCUGCUUGAUACCAACCAUGUUGAUCCAGAUCACAGGGAUGAUAAUCGUUUCACACCACUUUUAUCUGCAGCAUGGCACGGGCAUACAGCUAUUGUUAAGCUGCUUCUUAAUACCAACUGUGUUAAUCCAGAUCACAAGAAUUGUUGGGGUCGGACACCACUUUCAUAUGCAGCAGAGCAUGGGCAUACAGAUAUAGUCAAGCUGUUGCUUGACACCAACCGUGUCGACCCCUAUUCUAGGGAUGAAGAUGGACUUAUGCCGGCAGACUGGGGAAGACGUAAACACAAUGAAGUGUUGAGGCUGCUUCAGAACGUCCAGCAAUGA